AGCAAUGCUGGUCUGGACUGGGGUAAAUCCGACUCAGCCCUUGGGGGCUCCCUGUCCCUGCUAAGGUGGCUCACUCGGUUUGAUGGUUUGUAGGAGGCUGUGGUCCCCCCCACCCCACCAGAAAGCCUGAAGAGCAGAGAUCCUGCUUCGUUUCUUCUUCCACCUGCCGCUGGCUGCCUGAACGCAACUGCUCAAACUCGGCGGCACGCAGACCCCCGUGUGCUCACAGUCCCCUUCCAGCCGGCGGGGGCUGCUGGGAGCGCAUUCGGGGUUUUUUCCCCUCCCGAUAGAUCCUUGUGCAAAUGCUUAAACAUUGCUUGUUGCUGAAGCGUAUUAUCUUACAACCCUCGCUGGAGGAGGUAGAACCGCAGAGGGUCGUGCCUGACACCCGUGUGCAAGUGCAGUGAUGAAUCUCUUGUGUAGCUGAAGCGCAGACCAGUUGGAAUAUGCUGCAGACAAUUUACGAGAGUGAAUCGUGUUUUUCCUCAGAUGGGGUUUCUGGACGUGAACAGCUCUUGGCUCAGCAAAGAAUGCACAGUAUGAUCAGCUCAGUGGAUGUGAAGCCAGAGGUUGCCGUGGGAUUAGAGCCUAUCUCACCGUUAGACUUGCGAACUGACCUCAGGAUGAUGGUUCCCAUGGUGGACCCAAUUAUGCGUGAAAAGCAGCUACAGCAGGAACUACUUCUGAUCCAGCAGCAGCAGCAAAUUCAGAAACAACUGCUGAUUGCAGAGUUUCAGAAGCAGCAUGAAAACCUGACCCGCCAGCAUCAGGCCCAGCUCCAGGAGCACAUUAAGGAACUCCUAGCCAUUAAACAACAGCAAGAACUCAUUGAAAAAGAGCAGAAACUGGAGCAGCAGAGACAAGAGCAGGAGCUGGAGAGGCAUCGCAGGGAACAACAGCUUCCUCCCCUCCGAGGCAAAGAAAGAGGCCGAGAAAGGGCAGUGGCCAGUACAGAAGUGAAGCAGAAACUUCAGGAGUUCCUGUUGAGUAAAUCGGCAACAAAAGACUCUCCAGCAAAUGGGAAGAAUCAUUCCAUGAGCCGUCACCCCAAGCUCUGGUACACGGCUGCCCACCAUACCUCACUGGAUCAAAGCUCUCCACCCCUGAGCGGGGCCUCGCCACCAUACAAAUACGCUUUACCAGGAGCACAGGAUGCCAAGGAUGAUUUUCCUCUUCGUAAAACAGCUUCAGAGCCCAAUUUGAAGGUACGUUCAAGGUUAAAACAAAAGGUGACAGAAAGAAGAAGCAGUCCUCUACUCAGGAGGAAGGAUGGAAACGUCAGUUCAUUCAAGAAGCGACUCUUUGAGGUGACAGAAUCCUCAGUCAGUAGCAGCUCCCCUGGAUCAGGUCCUAGUUCCCCGAGCAAUGGUCCCACCAGCAGUAUAACAGAAAAUGAAAACUCAGUUUUGCCAUCUAACAUUCAAGCUGAGCAUCUGGUUUCACAGCAACGGCUCUUGAUACAGGAUGAAUCAGUGAACUUGCUGAGUUUGUACACAUCCCCUUCUUUGCCCAACAUUACCUUGGGACUUCCAGCAGUUCAACCUCAAAUCACUGCUUCAUCAUCAUUCAAAGAAAAGCAGAAGGGGGAGACCCAGUCGCUCAGACAAGGAGUGGCCUUGGCUGGACAGUACGGGGGGAGCAUUCCUCCAUCCUCAGCUCAUCCUCAUGUUGCUUUGGAGGGAAAGCCAAAUAGCAGCCACCAGGCUCUCUUGCAGCAUCUGUUACUGAAAGAACAAAUGAGACAGCAAAAACUUCUUGUGACUGGAGCGGUUCCUCUUCAUCCACAGUCUCCUUUAGCAGCAAAGGAGAGAGUCUCACCUGGCAUACGAGCUGCCCACAGACUGCCUCGUCACAGGCCACUGAAUCGAACCCAGUCGGCCCCUCUUCCUCAGAGUACUUUGGCCCAGCUGGUUAUCCAGCAGCAACAUCAACAAUUUUUGGAGAAGCAGAAACAGUACCAGCAGCAGAUCCACAUGAAUAAGAUGCUCUCUAAGUCCAUUGAGCAGCUGAAGCAGCCUGGCAGUCACCUGGAGGAAGCUGAAGAAGAGCUUCAUGGAGAUCACUCGAUGCAGGAAGAGCGAGCUCCUGCCGAUGGUGCCAGCAUUAGGGCUGAGAGCAGCAGUGCUGGUAUGGAUAACAGAAUAGGACAGCAGGUGGGGGCUGUGAAAGUCAAAGAGGAGCCACCGGACAGUGAUGAGGAUGUUCAGACCCAGCAAAUGGAAUCUGGGGAGCAAGCUGCUUUUAUGCAACAGGAGUUCCUGGCUCAUCGGCGUGUCCACCAGUUGCAAAUCUACCAGGCUCAGAUGGCUACAGUUGGCAUGGCGGGAUUAGAUAAACAUCAGCCAGUGUUUAGGACCCCAUCUUCCCCUGCUGAUUCCACAUUACCUCAAGCAGAUAUGGACCAGCCCAGCCAGCAUGUCUACACCACUGGUGUUGUGUAUGACAGUCUCAUGUUGAAGCACCAGUGUAUGUGUGGCAACUAUGCUAAUCACCCUGAACAUGCUGGAAGGAUCCAAAGCAUCUGGUCAAGGCUGCAAGAAACUGGGUUGCUAAACAAGUGUGAGCGAAUUCGAGGUCGAAAAGCCAGUCUGGAGGAAAUACAGCUGGUUCACUCUGAACAUCAUUCACUGCUGUAUGGCACCAGCCCCUUGAACAGACAGAAGCUGGACCCCAGGAAACUCCUAGGAAAUGUGUCUCAAAAACUCUUUUCCUUGUUGCCUUGUGGGGGACUUGGGGUGGACAGUGACACCGUUUGGAACGAGCUGCACUCGGCCGGGGCGGCACGCAUGGCGGUGGGCUGUGUCAUCGAGCUGGCGGCCCGCGUGGCCUCCCGGGAGCUGAAGAAUGGCUUUGCUGUUGUAAGGCCCCCAGGCCAUCAUGCUGAAGAAUCAACAGCCAUGGGGUUCUGCUUUUUCAAUUCGAUUGCAAUUACUGCCAAAUACUUGAGAGACAAGCUAAAUGUAGGCAAGAUACUGAUUGUAGAUCUGGAUGUUCACCAUGGCAACGGUACACAGCAGGCUUUUUAUGCUGACCCCAGCAUCCUGUAUGUUUCCCUCCAUCGCUAUGAUGAAGGCAACUUCUUCCCCGGCAGUGGAGCCCCAAAUGAGGUUGGAAGUGGCCCUGGUGAAGGUUAUAACAUAAAUAUUGCUUGGACAGGUGGCUUGGACCCUCCUAUGGGUGAUGUUGAGUAUCUCACAGCAUUCAGGACUGUGAUUAUGCCAGCUGCCAAUGAGUUUGAUCCAGACAUUGUCCUGGUAUCAGCAGGAUUCGAUGCUGUGGAAGGCCACGACCCUCCACUGGGAGGGUACAAAGUCACAGCUAAAUGUUUUGGUCACCUAACCAAGCAAUUGCUGAAGCUAGCGGAUGGCCGUGUUGUGCUGGCACUGGAGGGAGGACAUGACCUUACUGCCAUCUGUGAUGCAUCUGAAGCCUGUAUAAACGCCCUUUUAGGAAAUGAGCUGGAGCCUCUCCCGGAAGAUAUUGCGCACCAAAUCCCCAAUAUGAAUGCAAUAGCUUCUUUAAAAAAGACCACUGAAAUUCAAAGCAAGUACUGGAAGUCAGUGGAGCCAUACUCUGUGCCAGUGGAUUGUGCUCUGGCUGAGUCUCAGAAACGGGAGAGAGAGGAAACAGAAACGGUAUCUGCUAUGGCCUCUCUUUCAGUGGAUGUUCAGCAGUGUAUCCCUCAGGAAAGCAGCAGAGCUGCUGGCGAGCCCAUGGAAGAAGAGCCAGCCUUCUGAAGUGCCAAGUCCUCCCUGAUAUUUCCUGUGGGUGACAUCAUUGUGUAUCCCCCCAAAGCACCCUCAGACAUGUCUUGUCUGCUGCUUGGGUGGCACAGAUCAGAUGGAACAUAAACACUGGGCACAAAACUCUGAAUAGCAGCUUCACUUGUUCUUUGGAUGGACUUGAAAGGUCCCUAAAGAUUCCUUAAAUAUAACCGCUACAAUUCUAGAGUUACAGUAAAACGGGCUUGGGAGAAAGAGCCUAGAGCAUGCUUUUUAUAUGCUGUUUGACCCACUCACAACAUAAAUUGUGAAAUAGAGUAUUACAAAAUUCUACAUGAUAGAUUAUAGAUACAAGAAUUCCAACAGCCAGCAAAGUGCUUGCUAAAACCCAUGAAUCACUUUCUGACAAUUUUUACUGGGUAAUUUUUUUCAUACUGUGUUAAAUUGUUAAUAGAAUUAGUUUUCUUCGCUCUGUGUAAUGAAAACAAAAGGACACCUUUAUUUUAUGAACCAUUUUUUAACCCCCUGUCAUGAGUUCUUAGAUGAAUAAGUGAAAGGUGUGUAAAUUACAAUGAGGGAAUUUAGCUAAAGGGAAAGCACUUCUUAUUGUACUAUAAAUCCCCCGAAGUACUGUGCUUGCUGGUGCUUUAAUUUCUUUUCCCUUCUCCUGGGCAUCCCUUCCCAUUUCAUGUAAUCUUUUCUAUUGUGACAACACAUUCUAAAAUGAGUGAUCUUCUGCCUUUAAAAAAAAAAGUGCUGUACCCUCUGUAGUUGACAGUAGCUCUCACCAUAUGUGCAGCAGAGAUCAAGUGUGGAUGGCUUUUCAAAUGUGUUUUUACUUUGUUCUGAAAUCUUUCUGCAUCUUGACUCUAAGAGCAGCGAUCUUCAGUAACUGCGUGCAGUUCAUUUGAAGCUCAGGUGUUUCUGUGGAGGUUGUGUUGGGGGUGUUUUUACAGGUUGUCAUGUGGAUACAAACUGAUUCUUUAUAUAGUCCUGCACCACGAAAACUGAUGUUGCUUAAGAAGCUUCAAACGGUUUAUGCUUUAUUUUAGCUCCCCAAAGUGCAGCAAGAUCUCCCUGCAAUGUGACUUUAGUUGUUUAAUUCCAUGUUUGAGAACGUAACAUAUAGUUGUGCCUUUAGCUGAUAAUGAACGCUUAAACUGUUACACGUGUUGCCUUACCGUCAGAGAAAGAGAUAGGGCAUGUAUGUAAGACUACUUCAAAUGAACAAAGCUCUGCUACAGCAACUUUUAUUUUGUUUACAACUUUCUCACCUAAUGAACCCUUGGAGAUACCUUGAAGUAUUCAGCUUGCAGUAUUUGAUAGCUCGCUCAGCUUUUAAAAGCAAGUGAUGUUCAUUUUUAUAUAUUUUCCAAACUCAAAGGAUAUAUUAAAGCCAUAAGUGAAGACUGUCAUGCUUUUUAUUCUGAAAUCUGAAAGGAACCUUAAUUAAAGCAAGAUUUUGGGGAAGGCCAUGAUAUGAAAGAUAUGGAACAAUAUGGUUUCAGUUAUACGCAUACUCAAACCUGUAAAUCAAAGAUGAAAGAUUUCACUCAAAUAGAAUUAUAUAAUUCUCUUUUGUUAUGCAGUCAGACUAUAUCUUUCAUGCAUUUGGGUUUGUUUACGAUUAGCAUUUUAAUUUUAAAGACUUUUAUUACUUAUACAAAAGCUUUCUGCUACAAGUUAGAAAUCUGAGGCAUGCUUUGAAAAGGGAAAUCUAAAAAAAGAAUGUCAUUUCCUAUAAUGUGAAGUAAACUUUUAUUCUGAAAGGCUUACUCUAAAAUGGGUGUAUGCCUCUCAGAAAGUGAAAUAAAAUUCUACCCCCCAUUUACAAGCCAAAAUCAUGCUCAUUUUAGUAAUGCAGAGUCCCAGCAGGCUAAAUUGACUCCUGGUGUAAGCCACCUUGCCUGACUUCGGGCUGUUCUGAAGGGGUCGUUCACAUGACUAAAGCAAUCAGGAGUUCAUCUCAUCCUGAAUUUUCAGCAGACUUGUGAUAGCAAUCUUACUUGCCAUUUACUGUGAUUUUCUUGUGGUCUUCAAAGAAAUUUCCCUUCAAGGAAACCAAGGACCAUAGCUGAUGAGUUGGGUGAUUUGUAGAGAUUUUCACAUCUUGAAAUAGUGGCUGCAAAAUUUUAAUUGGGCGCAUAGUAAGAGCAUUUUGAAAUUAACCCCACAAAUGCAAAAUCUGCUUGUGUCCUUAGCUUGCAUGAAACUGAAUGUGAAUUGCAGCCUGAAAUACGAGUUACAAACUUUACCAAUUAAAGUCUAUAUUCUGAAGUGGAAAUCAACUAAAGCUGUCCUUUGUAGCUGGAAAUGCCUUUAAAAUGCCAGAAUAAUUUGAAUUAAACCACAUUAUAAACUCACACUUAUGCAUUUGUACAGGCAUACUCCCAGACAGACAUCCAGACAUGCUAUUGGUUAAAGUUGGGAUCAUUUGUAUAAGCAAAUGUGCAAAUAAACUGCACACAGAUUGUGUCCAGAACUCUGUUCUCACUGAAGUCUAUAGCAAAAUCCUCUUUGAUUUCAAUGGGAGAUGGAUCAGGCCCUGCUUUUUUUUUUUUUUUCCUUUCCUUUAAGUCCAGAGCACCAUUACUUUUUGAUUAUGUCAUUACAAGGCACCGUAUAGCCCUCUGGGAAAUGAUUGAGGCUUAUGGUGAAUAUCAACACUUCCUUCAAAGCAGACCUGGGCUUUCUGAGAGGGCAGUUUCACUUGCUGCUGUUUUCUUCUCACAGUAUUUUUAUUACCAUCAAUAGCUCCCCAUGGAUUACAGUUAAAAUUUCUCCCAGCAAUUUUAGACAUACUUCCAGGGAAAUAUUCACAUAGAUGCUGUUAAAAGUGCCCAGUUUUAGCUGGAUUCAACAACAAAUUCCAAGAAUUUCAGAAAGAUGCAUGAAUUGCAUGUUUCUCCAUUUCUAAUGUCCAAAUUCAGAGGCUUAGGAGCUGUUUUUAGGAGACAUCAGUCUCAUGUCCCACAUGGACCUCAGCUUAGGCUAGGGAGAUUGACACCUCUGAAAAUUCAGUCCCAGAUAUUUCAAGCUGGCUGCCAAAAUAUUUACAUCUGAGUUGAUUACUUUGAAAAAAUAAGCUGAAAUGCACAAAUGAGAUGGGGCAAAUGGUGGUUCCUUGUGUGAUUGCAUGGGGAAGUUGAACCUGAGGAGGUGGCAGAGAGCCCUCAGACCCAGGGUGAUUCUUUGCCUGGUGCUGGGGACACGGGCUGUCAGCAGGCAGAAGGACAUCCCAAGGCACUGCCACUCCAGGCUGCCAUUGCCAUUAGUAAUGAAUCUUUGCCCCACAGGGAAAGUGUGCACGAAUUUGCAUUCUGCCUCUGGAUCAAGGUUUCCCUAAGCCACCAACCUCCAGAAUGAGACAUGCCUCAGCAGCAAGUACCACUAUCAUGCUUGCUCAGUUCAUAUUCUUCCCUAGCUUUAGGGACUAAAUGUUAAGCACAAUUGAGUUUUUCUUAUAUUGUAUUUUUCUAGUAUUCUUAGGUCAUUAAAUUACUAGUAGAAACUGACAACUAAAAAGAGAUAUGACUCAAGAUAUCAAGACAAGAAUGAUUUUCAUUCAGCUUAAAGCUUUUACCUGGGCUGGAGUAGGAGCUCUGAAGAGCAGUAAAUCUCAGAACUUAAAGAAUGUCUUGCACUUCAUUUUGAGACUCUGUGUGCAGAAACUCUGUGUGUGCUCAUUUGGCUUUAAUAUAAUCUACAGCAAUGAAGUGCUUGAUUAUAUGAUCCUUUUUCAGCAAAAUUUCUAGUGAGUAAUCAAAGUUCAUGGGAAUUUUGCCAGUGUAAAGAAGACAGAAUUAGUCCCUUUUUUAAUUAUGUACCUUUCUAAUUUUGCUCUCAGUGAAAAUGAAGUAACUAAUUUCAGGCAAGGAAAAUAAAAUCAUUAAGCUAUCUUAAGUAAACAUCAUUACAGAAAAAGAAAAUAUAAACAGCUGUUAUGUAAACAAAGAUGGCUAUUUCUUUUCUUUGCAAAAAAGUCAACAACAUGCUGCCAGCUGAAAGUGGCAAAAUGAAUCCCUGUCUAGAGUAUGUGGUAUUUGAGUUGGUGUCUUAUCUAAGUGCAGCCUCCCUAAAAAGCUGAAAGUCAUAACCAGAGAUGAAAUAUUAGAAAGGUUUUGUUGCAGCCAACACCAGAGGUCCUGUAGAGAACAAGAAUGUAGAGACUGACUAAUUUGUGUAGACAGACAGCAGGACACUUUCGGGGCAAUGUGUCUGGGACAAAGAAUUAGAGGGAACUUUUCCAAAAGCAUGGAUGGUUGUGAGGCAACUAACUUCUAUUAGCUUGCAGGGGCAAGGAGGUGCUCAGCGAGCAUUUAUUCUUUGGGAAAUGCCCCCUCCAUCCCACAAGGAUACAGACAGGGACCCCACUGUACAAUUUUUCAUCCUGAGCCGCAGUAGCCACGUGUGCUGCCCUGAACUGUAUGCUCUUCAUUUGCCCAAUAAGCUAUCAGCUCCCAGCAGACACUUUGUAACACAACUAAUAGAGGAGACGUUUAUAUCCUUUUUUUCCCCAAUAGUGGCCUUUGCAGAAGCAUAGCAGCACACAGUUGUUUCAUUUUAAAAGGUCACGAUAGAGCUUUGUGAACCAUUGUACUUUUUUUUUUUAGUUUUUUACAGACUCCAUAUGGAAGUAAACCAGAAUAUGUACAUAGUGGGGGGACUUGCUGGGAAAGAAUUUCUUUUAAAUCAGGUUUCUGCUACCUGCUUUUCAUCCUGGAUUUGGAGGAGUUUGGAUUCUUAAUUAUCAUUCAACCUUUUACUUUCUCAGAUAAGCAACUUACUUUGUUUUCUUACCUAUAAUUGAACUCAAUCUUGUAGCACAUAGAAAACAACAAAAAAAAAGAAGUCUGUCUUUUCUGACAGAUGUCCCUGCCCUUGGUGUGGGAAUAAUAAGAGCUUAUCUUUGUCACUUCCAGCAGUAAUUAAAUGCUUCAUUUUUGUGACAGAUCCAAACUGAAGUGGUAUUGUAUGCGUACGAUUUAGCUGGCUGUCUGCUGAUGGUUAAAAAAAGAAAUUGUGAAACUCACAUUCCUCUCUAACCUCAAAAGGGACCCAUUUUGAUUUUAACAAUGUAAUAUUUUCAUUUGAUCCAAAAGGUUUUUGUCCCAUGACAUCUUGUUACUAGCUCAGUUUUAGUCUCUAGCAAAUAACACACUACAGAGAGUGAAGACCAAAAAGGACAUGCUAGCAACUAUUAUUUAUAUCUCUUAUGCACAGUCCUUCAUCCUGCUGUAAUGCUAUGCUCUGUGGUUCAGCAUAUUAGAAUAGUGUAUAGCAAAAUAUAAAUUGUUCUGCACCAUCAAAGAUACUACUGUUCAGAUGUUAAUUAGUACAUUGUGAGCUGGGUAAUUUAUAAGGAAGGCAUUCUCCAGCAUGUAUGGUCUAAGGGCAAGUGACGCAUUAAACCAGUGGCACUGGUACUGUGAUUCUGUGCUAAGAUCUCAUCUCACACAUUAACCCAUUCCCAAUGGUAUGCCUGCCAAUACAUGUUUGCAGUAGGAGAGCUGUAGGAUGCUCUGAUUCAAAGACCACUGAAAUCCCUUCUCUAACAUUUGGGUAAGAUCCAGGAGGUAGCUAAAGAAGAAACCUUACCUUUGCACUCAGUCACACAGAAACUGUAAAGAAAGCACAGAUAUAGAUCUAAACUUGGCCACACAUCCCUGUUUCUGAUAUGAAGUGCCAGUUCUGGUUUCUAGAAAAAUCUGUCUGAGAGAGCACUGUCAGUAGCAGAUACAGUCUAUUGGCUUCAGGAGGGUGUAUAUGUCAUGUGUUAAGGGAACAGGUUCAUACUCAUGUCUCUUGCUGCUUUUUUUUUUCUUGAUUGGCCUAAAAUUUCAAGUUAUGAUGCAAUAGGAAAGCAUAAAGCAAUACCUAGUGAAGUCAUAACUAAAGCUUUCAAAACAAACUUACUGCCAUGGUUUUUUACAACAGUGACUUUUUGGUCUAGAGAUGAACAGCUGAAAUGUCUAUUUUUUCUUGGGAAUUUCAUGUUGCUAUCUGUUUCUAUAAUAAGAAACAGUCCUUUUGCUCAGUGUAUUAGAAGUUUAUCUGUAAUUUGUCUUUCCAGGCAGAUCAGAUUCUAAGGCAUAAAGCGUCAGUGGGACUGACCCAAAGGGCAACACUUUUAAAGGUCCAUAGUAAUAUUUCCGUAAGAGUAAAAGGAACUAUUGUUAUUAUUCCUGAUACAUUUUUGUAUCUGAAAGCAUCCAAUGAGUAAUGUGAAGUAAUACUGUGCUCCAGAACUUUGUUGAUUAUAGAUAUAUGAGCAUUGGAUUGGCGUGAAAUAGUCUUAAACUGAGUUGUUAAAAUCCCUUUUGUUUUGUGUUUUGUAUAAUUCUUUGGCUAUAGUCUUGUCCUAGUGUCAAUAAAAGCUAUUUGAAGUAAUCUUGUU